GCUCGGCUGGCCCUGGACGCUUCACCUCCCCCCUCUCUGUCUUGUCCGCUUUUGGUCGACCGCGGCCUUGGGCGGAGCAAUCCAGGUGGAGUGGGCCGAGAAGCGGCCGCCUGAUCGAGCCGAACCAACGGCCGACGCGGCGCACGCCAUGGUAGCAGCUGGCAAUCCACCUCCAAAACCAUGGGAACGUGCAGGAAAUUCAUCUGGCCCAGUGCCUUUUAAGCCGCCCUCUGGUGGUAGCACCAGUGAUGUUGUUGAAGCUUCUGGGACAGCAAAACAUGGAGAAGUUGUUUCUGCUGCUGGAAACAAUGUUGCCUCCAAUGUAAACAGCACAAUUUCAAUGCCUGUGCCCCCAAGGCCUUGGCAGCAGCAAGGCUAUGAAAACUCUUAUGGGGGUUAUGGCUCCAAUAUGUAUAGCUCUUACGGCGGAUAUAGUGGACCCUAUGGAAAUAACAUGUACUCAGGUUAUGGAGGAGGUUAUGGCGGUAUGUAUGGAGGUUCUGGAAUGUAUGGUGGACCAAUGUAUAGCGGUGGAAUGGGAGGACCCUAUGGUGGUUAUGGUAUGGGCAUGAGUCCCUAUAAUCAGGGACCGAAUUCAUUUGGGCCACCUACCCCACCCCCUGGUUUCUGGGUGUCCUUCCUACGAGUGAUGCAUGGUGUUGUGAAUUUCUGUGGGAGGGUUAGCUUCCUUGUUAGCCAGAACACUCAGGCAUUUCACAUGUUCAUUACUGCACUUUUGCAGUUAUGUGAUCGGGCUGGAAUGCUUUAUGGUGAGCUUGCAAGAUUUGUUCUACGUUUGCUGGGGAUCAAAAGAAAACCAAAGAAGAGCGGUGUUAAGGGCCCAGGAGCUCCAUCAUCGGAGGGACGAGGCCAGCAGCUUGUUGAGGCGCCGAAAGUUAACUCGUGGGACAGCGUGUGGACUGAGAAUGGCAAGGGAAAUUAAAGGGCCCGUUUGGGCACAGUGAGGCAGUUCUCCUGAAAGGAGAGGAGGGCGAGUUUGCUUGUGGAAGAGAAAUCUGCGAAUAUCUGUUCGGAUGCGUUUUGCAUAUGCAUAGAAGGCAUAGACAAGGAACCCCUUAUGCCUUUUUGUAUUUGUCAUGUUCUUCCAUGGUGUACAUAUAGAUCAGUGUGCAAUGAGAAAUGUGAGCGGGUAAUGUACGGCUUUCCCCCCCAAAAUAUUACUGCAAUAGUACCGUUUGUACUUAAAAAAGACGGAACACAAUAUAGAUGAUCCUUUUUAUUUGGCCUGUUGCUACAUAUAAGGUUGUUUAUACAUGGAGUCUUGGCAUGUGGUGGUGCCAGGUAUUAGCA